AUGACUUCAAGUGUAUAUACGGGUCAACCUUCAUCUUCUGAAUAUAUUAUUUCAAAAGUGGACGGGUUAAUUAAUUGGGCUCGCCAAGGGUCGCUCUGGCCCAUGACUUUCGGUUUAGCUUGUUGUGCAGUUGAAAUGAUGCAUACUGGGGCUGCACGCUACGAUUUAGACCGUUUUGGUAUGAUUUUUCGACCAAGUCCAAGGCAAUCCGAUGUCAUGAUUGUGGCAGGUACUUUGACAAAUAAGAUGGCACCGGCUUUAAGAAAAGUAUAUGAUCAAAUGCCCGAACCAAGAUGGGUUAUUUCCAUGGGCUCUUGCGCAAAUGGUGGUGGUUAUUAUCAUUAUUCGUAUUCUGUUGUGCGUGGAUGUGAUCGUAUCGUUCCAGUUGACAUUUAUGUUCCAGGAUGUCCACCGACUGCGGAAGCUUUAUUAUAUGGACUUCUCCAGCUGCAGAAAAAAAUUUCUCAAAAUAAGACAACACUUUUAUGGUAUAAGAAAUAA